AUGACUACAUCCUCCCAACAGCUAACGUGGCAGGCAUUCCAGACCAUAGUGUCAGACCGGCGGGAGGCAGUGAACGCAGCCCUCCGGGUGCGUAACUACUGCGUGGACUGUGAAGAGACUAGCAAGUGGAUCGAGGACAAGAUGCAGGUGGUGCAGGCCACUAAGGAACUGGGCCAGGACCUGGCGGGCAUCAUUGCCAUCCAGCGGAAGCUGUCGGGGCUGGAGCGCGACGUGGCCGCCAUCCGGGACCGGGUGGGUGCCCUGGAGCGUGAGUCGCAGCAGCUGAUGGCCUCACACCCCGAGCAGGGAGAGGACAUCGGCCAGCGGCAGGCAUGUGUGGAGAAGCUGUGGCAGGAGUUGCAGGAAGCCCUGCUGGAGCAGGAAGCCUCGCUGGGGGAAGCCAGCCAGCUCCAGGCCUUCCUGCAGAAUAUGGAUGACUUCCAGGCCUGGCUGUCCAUGGCCCAGAAGGCCGUGGCCUCCGAGGACAUGCCUGAGUCCCUCCCGGAGGCCGAGCAGCUCCUACAGCAGCACGUGGCCAUCAAAGACGACAUUGACAGGCACCAAGAGAUCUUCCAGAAUGUCAAGGUAUCCGGGGAGAAUGUGAUCCGUGAUCAGACGGACCCCGAGUACCUGCUCCUGGGCCAGAGGCUGGAGGGCCUGGAUGCUGGCUGGGAUGCCCUGUGCCGGAUGUGGGAGAGCCGCAACCACUCCCUCGCCCAGUGCCUCGGCUUCCGGGAGUUCCAGAGAGAUGCCAAGCAAGCUGAAGCCAUCCUCAGCAAUCAGGAAUAUACUCUGGCUCACUUGGAGCCCCCAGACUCCCUAGAAGCUGCAGAGGUUGGGAUCCGGAAGUUUGAGGAUUUCUUGAUGUCUAUGGAGAACAACCAGGAUAAGGUCUUGAGUCCUGUGGACUCUGGAAACAAGCUGAUAGCUGAAGAAAACCUCUACUCAGACAAGAUCCUGGAGAAGGUGCAGCUGAUUGAGGACAGGCACAGGAAAAACAAGGAGAAGGCUGAGGAAACUUCUGUCAUUCUGAAAGACAACUUGGAGCUCCAGCACUUCCUCCAGAACUGCCAGGAGCUCACUCUCUGGAUCAAUGACAAGCUGCUAACAUCUCAGGAUGUCUCCUAUGACGAUGCAAGAAACCUGCAAAACAAGUGGGCAAAGCACCAAGCAUUUAUGGCAGACCUGGCUUCCCACCAGGGGUGGCUAGACAGCAUUGAUGCGGAAGGAAAGCAGCUGAUGGAGGAGAAGACCCAGUAUAGAGCCCUGGUGUCCCAGAGGCUGGAAGAUUUGCACCGGCUCUGGGAUGAGCUUCAGGCCACCACCCAGGAGAGGGCCCAGCACCUCUCAGCUGCCAGGAGCUCCUACCUGCGCUCACAGACCCACGCUGACCUCAACAAGUGGAUCAGCGCUAUGGAGGACCAGCUGCGGUCUGAUGACCCGGGCAAGGACCUGACCAGCGUCAACCGGAUGUUGACUAAGCUGAAGCGUGUGGAGGACCAAGUGAACGUGCGGAAAGAGGAGCUGGGGGAGCUGCUUGCUCAGGUGCCCUCACUGGGAGAGGAGGCAGGAGACACAGACAUGAGCAUCGAGAGGCGGUUCCUGGACCUCCUGGAGCCCCUGGAGAGGAGGAAGAAGCAGCUGGAAUCAUCCCGAGCCAAGCUGCAGAUCAGCAGGGACUUAGAGGAUGAGACACUCUGGGUGGAAGAGAGGCUGCCUCUGGCCCAGUCAGCCGACUAUGGCACGAAUCUGCAAACUGUGCAGCUGUUAAUGAAGAAGAAUCAGACGCUGCAGAACGAGAUCCUGGGCCACGCACCGCGGGUGGAGGACGUGCUGCAGAGAGGGCAGCGGCUGGUGGAGGUGGCUGCGAUUGACUGCGGGGACAUGGAGGAGCGCCUGGGGCACCUGCAGGGCUCGUGGGACGCGCUGCGGGAGGCAGCAGCCAGGAGGCUGCAGCGCCUGCAGGACACCAGCGAGGCCCAGCAGUACUACCUGGACGCAGGCGAGGCCGAGGCCUGGAUCAGUGAGCAGGAGCUCUACAUCAUCUCCGACGAGACCCCCAAGGACGAAGAGGGCGCCAUCGUGAUGCUGAAGAGGCAUGUGAGGCAACAACACGCGCUGGAGGAGUAUGGAAGGAAUAUCAAGCAGCUGGCCGCCAGGGCCCAGAGCCUGCUGUCUGCGGGCCACCCUGAGGGGGAGCAGAUCAUCCGACUUCAGGGGCAAGUGGACAAGCAGUACGCAGGGCUGAAGGACAUAGCCGAAGAACGCAGGCGGAAGCUGGAGAACAUGUAUCACCUGUUCCAGCUGAAGCGGGAGGCAGAUGACUUGGAGCAGUGGAUUUCAGAAAAGGAGCUGGUGGCCUCUUCCCCUGAGAUGGGGCAAGACUUUGACCAUGUUACACUGCUCCGGGACAAGUUCCGGGACUUUGCCCGGGAGACGGGGGCGAUUGGGCAGGAGCGGGUGGACAACGUGAACGUCGUCAUUGAGCGGCUCAUCGACGCAGGCCACAGCGAAGCGGCCACGAUCGCCGAGUGGAAGGAUGGGCUGAACGAAAUGUGGGCGGACCUGCUGGAGCUCAUUGACACGCGCAUGCAGCUGCUGGCCGCCUCCUAUGACCUGCACCGCUACUUCUACACGGGCACGGAGAUCCUGGGCCUCAUCGACGAGAAGCACCGAGAGCUGCCGGAGGACGUGGGGCUGGACGCCAGCACCGCCGAGUCUUUCCACCGGGUGCACACGGCCUUCGAGCGGGAGCUGCACCUGCUGGGCGUGCAGGUCCAGCAGUUCCAGGACGUGGCCGGCCGCCUGCAGAAGGCAUACGCUGGGGAGAAAGCAGAGACCAUCCAGAACAAGGAGCAGGAGGUGUCUGCCGCGUGGCAAGCACUGCUGGACGCCUGUGCCGGCCGCCGCACACAGCUGGUAGACACGGCAGACAAAUUCCGCUUCUUCGCCAUGGCCCGAGACCUCCUCUCCUGGAUGGAGGGCAUCAUCCGGCAGAUCGAGACCCAGGAGAAGCCUAGGGACGUCUCCUCGGUGGAGCUGCUCAUGAAGUAUCACCAGGGCAUCAGGGCAGAGAUCGACACCCGGAGCAAGAACUUCAGCGCCUGCCUGGAGCUGGGGGGGUCCCUGCUGGAGAGACAGCACCAGGCCUCGGAGGAGAUUAGGGAGAAACUGAAGCAGGUGCUAUCCAGGAGGAAGGAGCUGGAUGAGAAGUGGGAGAACCGCCAGGAACAGCUCCGCAUGUCCCUGGAAGUGUGCCAGUUCUCGAGGGACGCCUCUGUGGCCGAAGCGUGGCUGAUCGCCCAGGAGCCCUACCUGGCCAGCCGGGACUUUGGACACACGGUGGAUGGUGUGGAGAAGCUUAUCAAGAGGCACGAGGCUUUUGAGAAAUCCACAGCCACCUGGGCCGAGCGCUUUGCCGCCCUGGAGAAGCCCACCACGCUUGAGCUAAAAGAACGCCAGACCCCAGAGAGACCCGAGGAGGAGAGUGGGCCUCAAGAGGAAGAAGGCGAGACAGCAGGGGAGGCUCCCCGAGGUCCACAUCGUGCAGCCACUGAGAGAACAUCCCCGGGGGAAGAAGAGAGGCAGUGGCCUCAGGACCUGCAGCCGCCACCCCCUCCGGGGCCGCAGGAGAAAUCCAGUGGGGAUGAGAGGCCCGCCACCGAGCCUCUCUUUAAGGUCCUGGACACGCCUCUGAGCGAGGGUGAUGAGCCUACAACGCUGCCGGCCCAGCGGGACCACGGGUACAGUGUGCAGAUGGAGGGCUACCUGGGACGCAAGCAUGACCUGGAGGGGCCCAACAAGAAGGCAUCCAACAGGUGUGUGUGGGACAGGCCACCUGGUGGGAGGGGUGGGCGGCUCCCAGGGACUUCUCCCCCUACAGAGCCUCGGCAACACGGGCAGGGGAGGGGAGAGGGUGCCUUCUGCCUCUUCUGA